AUGAGGUGUAAAGACAAUAACACGACCUGUCGAUCCGUCAACGAUAAACCUGGUGGGGAAGCUCCCCUGGUGAAUGUGAGGAAGCUGUGUGAUAUAGAGUCUCGUACAUCAAGUGGCCAUCAUAAGGCGGCGCUGCGACUGCCCAAAGCAGGAGAGGAGACAUACAACAUUACUGAUACAGUCCAGAAAGUAGCUGAAGCGUACAACUGUAAGCCUAUUGAAGGUAUGUUAAGCCACCAGCUCAAACAAUUCAAGAUUGAUGGGGAAAAGACCAUCAUCCAGAAUCCCAGUGACGCUCAAAAGAAGGAGCAUGAAAAAUUUGAAUUUGCCACUUAUGAGGUUUACGCUAUGGAUGUACUCAUAAGUUCAGGAGAGGGUGUGGGGCGGGAGAUGGACACGAGAGUUUCAAUCUACAAGAAAACAGAUGAAACGUACCAGCUGAAAUUGAGAGCAUCAAGGAUGUUCUAUUCAGAAGUAACACACAAAUAUGGGACAAUGCCCUUUAACUUGAGGAACUUUGAAGACGAGAAGAAGGCUAGGUUGGGGGUAAAUGAGUGUGUCAACCACAAGCUGAUUGAACCCUUCCAAGUCUUAUAUGAAAAACAGAAUGAGUUUGUGGUCCAAUUCAAGUUCACUGUACUACUGAUGCCCAAUGGUCCUCAUAGAAUUACCGGUUUACCCUUCGAGGCAGAGCUUUACCAGUCAGACUUAGCUGUCAGUGAUCCUCAGCUUAAGACCAUUACACAAAACACAUCAGCCAAACCUAAAGCCAACAAAAAGAAGAAAAAGAAGGUUGGAAAGGCUGGAGAAGAUGUAGUCGGAGAAGUUGAAGGAGAAGCUUGAAAAGAAUCAAUUGGGAAACGGCGGAUUGAAUUCAACUGACUUGCAUAUUAAAUCAAAAUGGGAUGAGA